GAGAACACAAAAAUGCAAAGAGUAAAUGCAGUAUCAAGCCCAUAGAAACUGACAACUGAACCGAUGCUUUCGUGGUGACAUAUCUUUAACAAAUGUCCUCAACCCGACCCUAGAUUUCGCGUAAGCGACGCCCAACCGACACGGAGCUAAGCCACCGAUCCGGUUUCGAAAAGAUCGGAAGACUUUGCCUCGUGUUCCGCCGUCAUCUCCAUCAAAUGUCUUAGAUUAUACUCGACGAUUCUCACUUGAUAUCCGAUUCUUCAUGUCCCGCCUAAAAGCUUUCAAUCGCCGCUGGGAUAUUGCGUCCGACGACCUCUUUAUACCUCUAUUUUAUUCCCUCCUAUUCCACCUCAUAUGGCAUGUUUUCCAUAUAUUCUACCAUUGCCAAACACUGAUAACCUCCAUGACAGGCUCAUCUUUGUCACCAUCGUGAUUGCCACACAUGGAGAAUGGAUUCCUAUUCCAUACAUUCCGAUAUUUUAUUGUUUUGUCGUCGCAUGUUUACUUAUUGAGGGAAUUGGGAUGAUCAUUUCUCUGAGGGGGACCGUGGCAGACGAGCGGCCAAGGAGGAGGAUGAGAAAUCUGGUCGAGAUACAUUCAGUGAUGACUCUUUUGGAACUGCCACUCGAAAUCUACACACUGUACUUUACAAUUCACACACUUAAAACUAUCACCCACCUCGCCCUGCUCAUCCUCCUCAUCAUUUCGACGCUGUUAACAGCAUUAUUGACUCUGCUUCACCUUCUUGCUAUCCUAGCUCUAUAUAUUGUAUCCUGCCCAGUAGUAAAAGAUGAACAAGCAGCCUACGAAUCGACGCAGAGACUUUGGCAAAGACGCUUACGCCGGCUAUUCAGCUUUGGUGGAAAAUGGGUGGCUGGACAGGACGUCAUGGAAGAGGUUGCGAGAUUUUUCGGGGAGUACUUUGACGGCGUUGAUUUGGCACCAUCAGAUGUUUUGGUUGGCUUAGCGUUACUACGCAAAGUCCAGCAAGAAAGUGCAAAGCAGCACGCCCGAGAGCGCAGACAAGACGCGAUUCCUUUGGUUGCUCAACAGAACCCACAAGGUGAAGAUGCAGCACCAGUCAGCACUGGUCAAGGGACCGAUUCCGCCCAACUGGAGGAUAGGGAACUAAGUUCGAGGGAAGACGAACGGGAAGAAGAGGCGGAGCCCGUCCCACUGUCGCCCAUUCACCAAUCGGGGCGUGCUAACGAAGCGAUCGUGGACAAAGCCGACCUAAGCAACGCCCUCCACUUUCUCAAUUAUGCGCAAGCAAUCUAUGGCCUUCCGCUCACCUUCGCGGAAAAUCCAUUUUCAACACUCAAGGCAACAUGCGGUAGUCUUUGUUGCGCCUGCUGUGUUGGUUGCAUCCCACACCCUAAGCCCACGCCUACCAAAGAAGUCUGGCAAGCCGUUGCAACGGAGGGUGGCCUGUUCCCAUUUUUGGGCACAAGUACGGAUUCGUUGGAAUCAGGGGAGGUCGGCGAAGAUAUUCAAACAGUUCACAAGAAGCUUCAUUCCGACCUCAUCUACAUAUCGCACAUCAACUCCCCUUUUCGAUCACCAUUCUUUGUCUCUCUUGAUCACCAGUCCCGCAGCGUCGUAGUCGCGGUCCGCGGCACGUUCUCUACUGCCGAUGUAUUGGUGGAUCUGAGUUUGCAGGUGACGGAUUUGGAAUUAUGUGACGGAGGAAAGCAUUGGGCUCAUACGGGGAUGCUGAAGACAGCGAAAAAUUUGGUCAAAGAGAUGGACAAAAGGGGCGUCUUAAAGAGACCCGAACUGGAAGCCGAUGAGAACGGAAGAAGCAAGUAUCGGGUUUGCGUUGUUGGACAUUCACUUGGUGCUGGUAUCGCAGCGCUAGUGUGUCACAUUCUUCGUCGCACCUCGCAUGCUGGUGCAAUAUGUUAUGCAUAUUCCCCACCAGGAUGUCUCCUCUCAUCGGAUGCAUCAAUUCACUUUCAGCAAUUUUGCACCUCUAUCAUCCUCAACGAUGAUCUCGUACCACGUCUAAGCCGCACGUCCCUGGAGCGUGCAAAGAGAGAUGUCGCAUAUCUGUGUGGGCAUAGCAAUGUGCAUAAACUCCACGUGCUGGCUGCAGGUUUUGGUUUGGGGUGGACGAAGCGGUGGACAAGAGGAGAAGGUGUCGUGGAAUGUGAGGAGGAUGUAUUACGAGUCAGAGAAAACGAAGAACAGAAAAUGGCCGAGACGACCUCCAGUGAGUGUAUUGUGGAUCUUCCUCGCCAGGAGGAAGUGCCCGCAGACGACAACGUGCAGGCCGAGGCAGCAUCACCCACGGGUGGAACUACUGUCGAAGUGCGCAAAUCCGUACAGAUGUAUGUUCCUGGAACAAUCAUCCACAUUGUCCGUCUAUCACCUCUUGGCAUCCCGAAAGCACGUUCAAACAAGAAGUACAAUCGCCGACACCCUCCACCACGAUACACAGCGCGCUGGGCAGAUAAAGCGGACUUUACUGAAAUUCUGCUCUCACGGAGUAUGUUGAUGGAUCAUUUCCCAUAUAACGUGCGCAAGGGCUUGAACGAGGCCUUAGAGACGUUCACUGCUGCGGAAGCAAUCGGACACGACGUAUUAGAGUAAUCUCAAAAAUGACAAGUACAACUGUAUCUAUCUUACUUCCAAAUACAUUACAUUUAUAACUUCCAA